AUGAAAAAAGAGCAGGAAAUGGAAGUGGUAAUGGAAGUGGCAGAAAAAGAGAAAGGAGACGUACAUUUAUGUCGUCGUUGUAAAUUUGUUUUGUUUUUGUUGCGGUACCUUUACGCCCAAGAAAACCAACACAAUAUUUCAUUACAAAAUUUUAUGAUAUAUACCUACCACUUUAACUUUGCAGGAAUAUUAAAUGGACCUGAUAUACGACGUUUAAUGAAAGAUCAAGCAUUCAAAAAUGCUCUCAAAGUUGACGAGCUUGUCGCAUAUGUCAGUGUUAAAGCUGUCAUUGAAAAUGUUCUUGGUUCAUAUCGGGCCUAA